AUGCGUAAACCCCCUGCGGUCCAGGCAAAAUUUUGCGGACGGGUUGAAGAUCCCGGCGCCGUGGUAUGGAUGGGCUCUCCAACCCCCAGCAAGUCGAUGCAAGCGAGAUUUGAGUUGGUGGCUAUAAGCCUGCGGGGCCGUGCUAUCGCCACUGAGGCAGCCAGCAGCCUGGCCCGACAAGUCGAGACUCCAGUCGAGACGCCAACUGGGCGUUACUCCGUAGGCGACGGACGCGUACCACACGGUGGCGGGUCGCGACAAGAAUUGCCUCCGGCAGCACCGCUCCAGGGUGGGCUCCGAGAUACCUCGUCCCCAGAGGUCGGUAUCAGGUGGACCUAG